UUUUAUUAUAUGUAUCCAUCUUCUUCUGCUUAAACUGAAAGCCAAAUCCCCAUUCAUUGAUAUCUCAACCAAAAUGGACUAUCCGCGGGGCCAUCAAUCUUACUCCCACAACCACCACCGCCGAGAUGACGACGAGAACGAUGCUGACCGCUAUCCACCUCCUCCUCGUCGGCCUACCGCCGACGACGAAGACUUCCCACCACCAUCUCAUCGACCACCUUCCUUUGGUCGACCAACUGCCGACGACGAUUUCCCACCACCUUCCCAUCGCCCACCUCCCCCUUCUAACUAUUAUGACCCUUCUCCUCCGCCUUAUCACUCAAAUGUCAACGCUCCUCCUCCCGUCUACAACGCUCCUCCUCCUGCCUACAACAACUACAACGCUCCUCCACCUGCCUACAACAACUACAACGCUCCUCCUCCUCCUCAUACAGAUUACUCUUCGUCUUCUGUGCACCAUGUUUCCCACGAUCCACCUCCUCACACAGAAAUCCCCCAGCCAGCGUCUCAUCAUCAUCGCCCCCAUUUUCCCUCGUUUCACCACGAUGAUAAUAAGCUACCGGAACCCUCCUCUGAAUUCUCCAGCAAACCUCCUGUUAGGGUUUACUCCAAGGCCGAAACUAAUUACUCUCUAACUAUUAGUCAAGGCAAAGUUGUUCUCACCCCUUCUAAUCCAUCAGAUCCUUACCAGCAAUGGAUCAAAGAUGAGAAAUAUAGCACGAAGGUGAAGGAUGAAGAAGGGUUUCCCAGCUUUGCUUUGGUCAAUAAGGCAACUGGUGAAGCCUUGAAGCAUUCCAUUGGCGCCACACAUCCGGUGCAGCUGACUCCAUACGUUCAAAAUGUGUUGGAUGAAUCAGUCCUAUGGACUCUAAGCAGAGAUCUUGGAGAUGGUUACAGAACGAUAAGAAUGGUGAACAACAUCCGGCUGAAUGUUGAUGCUUUUAACGGUGACCAAAAGCAUGGAGGCGUUCGUGAUGGGACCACGAUCGUUCUGUGGGAGUGGAAGAAAGGAGACAACCAACGUUGGAAAAUUGCUCCAUACUGAGGAGUGGAAAAGAGAAGGGGAGAUGGGAAUAUAAUAAAGAAGAGGUGCGCACAGUGCUUUUUUCUAUUCAUUUCUUAUGUAACCCCCCAUAUCUAUAUCUAUCUAUCUAUGUGUAUUUGUGUGUGUGAAAAAAGUUAUAAUAAUCAUGAAACGUUUGAGUGUGACAUGUUUGAUGCAUUGGCUUGAACUAUUAUUAUUAUUAUUAUUAUUAGUGA